UUGCAGGAAAAUCCUCAUCACAAAUCAUCAGAGGAUGUUGGAUACCCCAAAUUGGAGCGAUCGGCUUCAGCGAAAUCUUCAGCAAAUCAAUCUCGUCACACCCACAAUGAAACCGUUCCAUUAACGACUGAACCUCCUAUAAGGAUCCGGCAACUCAACAACAAAAAUGAGCUUUCGGGCCGCUCAAUCACAGCACGUGUUCGACCAAAAUCCUGCGUUGUAGGUGUCGUAGCUUCGAAAUUUCGUCAUGUUGAAACCUUGAUUGGACCUAGGGCGAAUAAUACGAUAUUCACGAACAUACGAAAUGUGAAUACGCAGCUUCCACUGGAAACGAACGGCGCUUGUACGAGUGGAAAGUUUGUCGCUGUACCACUGAAAGGUCCUGCUGGUGUUGUGGGUAUCUACGACGUAGAGAAGCCCGGAAAACUUCCAGAUGGUGUCAUGGAUGUCGAUCUCCACUGGAAUCCUUUCGACGAUGAGGAACUGGCGGUGGGAACAGAUGUGGGCCUUAUAAAUUUCUGGCGUUUAACGAGAGACGAUGGACCCAGAAAUGAAAUGGCUCCUGAGAAAGUGAUGAAUGUUGGAGGCGAGAAGAUCCUAUGUUUCCAAUGGCAUCCGAUGGCUUCUGACUUACUGGCCGUUGCUCUGUCAGACAGUUCGAUAGAAAUAUGGGAGUCAAAGACUUUGACAAGGAGAAGACGGAUAGUUUCGCAUUCUGCUAAUGUGAUGGCGUUGGGAUGGAGUUCAGAUGGACACCGACUCGCCUCGCUUGGCAAAGAUCUCAUGUUGAAUGUGCAUCAACCACAGCUCGGCAAUGAGUGUCUCUUGGGACAGAAAAAGGUGCUUGAUCGUGCGCACUCAGGACGAGUCCUCUACGCCUGUGAUGAUCGGUUAAUUAUUGUUGUGGGGAUGACGAGAAGUUCUUCGCGUCAGGUGUGUCUUCUGUAG